AUGGAGCUCGAACCGUUACCCAAGGUUACUUUCUUGCCAGCUCAACUUACUGAGCUUGUCAUCAGAAACUGGACUGGUGAUAUAAUCGAUUUCGAGAAAAAUGGAUAAAUUUGCAAGGUUUAUCAUGGACAAGGUACAUGUGAAUUCAGAGAAGGACACACAUUUAAAGGUGAAUUAAGAUACGGUCUCCUUCAUGGAAAGGGAGAGUUCGUGUGGGUUGAUGGAACUAAGUACAAAGGUGAAUUUAGAGACAAUGAAAUCACUGGAAACGGCAGAUAUGAUUGGCCAGAUGCAAGCUUCUACGAGGGGCAAGUUCUUAAUGGUCUGAGACAUGGCAAGGGUACCUACACAAACCCAAAAGAGGGAGUUGUCUAUGAAGGAGAAUGGAAGAAUGGUCUAAGACAUGGAAAUGGUAUCUUGAAGUACAGAAAUGGCAGUGUCUACGAUGGUCUCUGGGAAAGAGGUAUGAAGUGGGGUUAGGGCAGAAUGACAUAUGCCAGCUAAAACUACUACGAGGGAGAUUGGAAAAACAAUAAGAGAAACGGAGAAGGAACCAUGCACUGGCUGACCAGCAAUGAAAAAUAUACUGGAAACUGGGAAGAAAACUAUCAAAGUGGGUUUGGUACUCAUAUCUGGCUUGAAGGAAGUGGCGACAACAAACUGCUUAGAAAUAGAUAUGUGGGUUACUGGAAACUUGGCCUAAGAAACGGACAAGGUACCUUCUAUUACUCAAAUGGAAGUAAGUACGAAGGAGAAUGGAAAGACAACCUCAAGAAUGGAUACGGAGUAUUCACCUUUGAGGACGGUACGUCUUAUUCAGGGCCAUUUGAAAACGACAGAAUGGUAAAUAGAACACUUCAAGGUGUGACUGCAAUUCAAUCUCAGUAAUAGCCAACUGAUGAAGGAAGAAGCGUUGCUGAAGAAAAGAAGUCAAGUGAAAAGUCUGCUACAACUAAGCCAACCUAGCAAACUAAGCCAGCUUCAGGCACAAGUCCAGAGAAGAAGGCAUUGAACGCGACAGCUAAAGAUACUAAGCCAGGCAACACCACCUCAAUGGGAUAGACAGUUGGUUCUCUAGCCAAUCAAACCUAAAACACUAAGUUCUUAGCUGCAAACAGAUCAAAGAAAGACGUCGAGCAGAAUCCAUUCAAGACUCUGAUUGACAUCACUGACUUGAUAGAAUUCGAGCAAAACCCUACUGAAGUUGAGAAAGAAGUUCAGAACAUUCUACUAAGAAACAAUAGUGACAUGAAAGCAUGGUACAAGUACUAUGCCAGGAAGGUUGAGUCUCAAAAGUCUGAGGAGAGUUUUGCCCUUACGCUAAGACAGAUUUGGAGGUUCCUCAGAGAUUGCUAGAUCAUUGGCCCUGAUGCUACUAUUGCAUCAUUUGACAGAGUUUACUUCCAAGGAAAGAAGAAUCACUUUACCCUGCUAGGCCAAAAGGAUAAACAUAAGUUCAACUACAUGUAGCCAGCAAAGGGAGAGGAUCUUUUGAAAGGAGAAGACCUUGGAGCCAACGAGAUUAGCCACAGAGGAGAUACCAAGAAAAGAGAUAAGAAUCUUGAGAUCGACGAUAGUGUGAUUAAGAAGCCAGAAGAUGAGUCUGAGGAUGACGAGGAAGAAGAAGAGGAUGCUGAGUCACUCAAGAAGAUGUUCAAUGUCGAGGCUGAGGAUCUUCACUAGUCUACUAAGGUUGUUUUGCAAAGACAGUUCUUUGAGGCUAUAGUCAGAGCUGCUUCAGUCAAGUACUCUAAUAAAGCUGAGUAUCCCACUCUAGCCGAUAAGUUAGAGAAUUUGUUCAAGACUAAGCUUGCUCCAAACUCAACUAAAAACAAAGCCAAGUCACUUGAGGAGGAGAAAUAAUUCAAAAUCGCUGAGAAGGUAUUUGAAGAGUAUGAGUCACAACUUAAGCAAGUGUUUUCAUUCUUUUCUAAGAGAGGCAAAUCCUCGUCUUUCGGAGUUGAGGAUAUUACCCUGGAGGUAGAUGACCUAAUCAACAUGUUUAAGAAGACUGAACUUCUUGGAAGCGGAAACUCGACUGAUUCCAAACCUAGACCAUUGCAACUAAGCGACUUAAUCUCAUCUGUUGAGAAGUACUAUGGUCCUGAUUCAAGACUUGAAGCUAAACUUACAAAUGAGCAGUUCCAAUCAUUCAUGAAAAACCUUCACGCUCACCAAGCUAAGGAACAGUAAAAGCUUGCUGCAUCUAAGUCAAAGGAUGGUAGUCACCAUGAAGCAUCUAAUGGGAAUAUCAGUUCACAUCACGAUGAUGAGGAUGAAGAAACUAAGAAGAGGAGAGAAGAAGAUGAACUUAGAUAAUCUCAUGAGAAAUGGAGAAAGCAGAUUAUCUCCCAGCAUCUAGUCUUUGUAAGAGGAGUUGAAAUCGUCUUCUUUGAGUUCAAGGAAAUCUUACUAGACCUUGCUCUCAGAUUGAGAGACUUCAUCGACCCUAAGACUGGAAAGAUCAAGGUUGUCUUAACCAAGUUCAUUGAAGAUAUUAUCUUGAAGAACUUAAAUCCUUACAUUAAGUUCAAUAUUCAGCCAGGCAAAGGAGGCAGUGGGGCUGCAAGAGUCUGGCCAGAGAGCUAAAAAGACAAAGAGAUCAAAGUGAAGUUGGAAGAAAAGAGAAGAAAGGAAGAAGAGGAGAGAAGAAAGGUUGAGGAAAAGCAGAGACAGGAAAGAGAAUUGCAGAGAAUGGGUGAGGAAGAUACUCCUGCACUUGACUGGAAGCAAGUUGAAGAACUUAGAAGAAAGAUGAUUGAGGAAGAAGAGGCUCGCAGAAGAGCUGCCGAGGCUGAGGAAGAAGAUGAAGAGGAGGACGAAGAUGAAGAUGAUGAUGAAAACAAGCACGAUGAUGAUGAUGAUUAUUGA